AUGGCAGACUUCGUUCAAGGUGAUCAUGUUGAUCUAAAACAUGCUCAUGAUGUUAAACAAUCCCUUGAUCUAGAAAACGGCCGCCUCGAGAAAGACCUGGGUCCUGUUGUGAACGCGGAUGGAACUCAUUCAUCCGAGGGCGAAUCCGAGGAGGUAGUUUUGGCUAGAGAACUUCGAGAACAAAAAGGCUUCUUGCGCACACUGCGACGUGGUGAAGAAUGGCUUGACGAGAAACUGGGGAUAGAAACGCAAGGCAUUGAUAGGAUACAUGAAGAAGACAAGCAACCUCCGUCCAUUCUCAAUGUCUUCUUUCUCUGGUGGUCUCUCACAUGUCAUGUUGGUACCCUACCAAUUGGCCUUCUUGGUACGGAUCCCGAAGUAUAUGGUCUCUCUUUGAGUCAGGCGGUUAGCGCCAUUAUUGUUGCAACGAUUUUGGGAGCCGCUUGCACUGCGUUUUGUGGUACUCUAGGUCCAAAGCUCGGUCUCCGUGCGAUUGCAUGUUCUCGAUACUCUUUCGGAUUCUACGGCGCAAAACUCUGCUCGGUUCUCAAUGUUGUUAUUGGUGGAGGUUUUGCCGUGGUCAAUAUUGUGGUUGUGGGUCAAAUUCUGGCUGCCGUCUCCGAUUAUAAAAUGACAAUUGUGGUUGGAAUUAUCAUCAUCGCGGUUAUCAGUUACGUGGUAUCAAUCUUCGGCUUCAAACUCAUUCAUACAUGGGAGAAAUACUCGUGGAUCAUGACAUUCAUUCUCAUGUGUAUCUUGAUUGGUCAAGUCGCUCCUAAGAUGGAGCCAAAUCUUCCAUCUUCUGUAUCUGGACUUGGAUUCUCUGGCUCCUGGCUAAGUUUCUUCGCUGUUUGCUUUUCCUCUGCAUCUGGAUGGUGCUCAAUUGCCUCGGAUUACUACUGCAACUACCCCGCGGAUACUAAAGGCUGGAAGAUGUUCUGUCUAACCAUCAUGGGAAUUUGUCUCCCUACGAUCUUUGUGACAGUCAUCGGUGCAUGUCUUGGAAAUGCGGCAUUGGCUUCACAAUCAAAUCCAACUUUCGCCGUAGCAUAUGAGGACCAUGGACUUGGUGGUCUUCUUCUAGAGGCUUACCACCCUUUUCGUUUCGCCAAAUUCUGUCUUGUUCUCCUGGUUUUCUCCGUCAUCGGCAACAACGUCGCGGUAAAUUACUCGAGUGGUCUAUCCCUUCAACUACUUGGUCAUUAUUUCCACGCAAUCCCAAGAAUUGUCUGGUCAUUCGCCAAUGCUCUAGUCGUCGCCGUUCUCGCAAUUGCCGGCAGGUCACACUUAUCGAGCAUCGUCAGCGAUUUUGUCUCCCUCCUUGGAUACUGGACAGUUUCUUUCACAUGUAUUCUUCUCAUAGAAGACAAAUGGUUCCGUCGCACAGAAGGUUACGAAUUGAACUUUUGGGAUAGACCUGGAAAACUACCAUGGGGUUUAGCUGCUGUCAUGGCUCUUUUGUUCGGUUAUUUGGGUGGUGGCCUACCGGGCAUGGCUCAAGUCUGGUAUAUCGGUCCGAUUGCGAAAAAAUUCGGACCCUUUGGAGGUGAUGUUGGUAUUUUCCUGAGUGGCGUUUUCACCAUCGUGACGUAUUUUCCACUGCGAUGGUACGAGCGAAAAGUCACUGGUAGGUAA